AUGCGAGGCAUUCUUGCAGUAUCAUUAGGACGUAUCUCCAAUGAAAAUAUCGACAAGUAUACACAUGCUGUCUACAUGCGUUUCCAGAGAAAAGAAGACAUUGGGAAGUUUUACGAGAACCCUUUCUACUUGCGAGUACUCAAUGAGCAUGUAUUGCCUUACUGCCAUGGAUUGACUAAUGUGGAUUACGAAUCUGAAGUAGAAGAUGAUAUCAUACCUAUAUUCCGAAAAGGAGAGGAAUUCAACUUCGGUGUGGAGUUUGUGCUUCUGCUUUCCUUUGUUGAUAAUGCAUCCGGACGAGUGGAAGAGGCAUUAGUUUCUUUGGAAGGGCUUAUUAUGGGAUUUCCAUCCAUAAUAGUCCAAUCUACUCAAGGUCUGAAUUUUAAUCCCAGCAGCAAGGAGUAUACACAUGGAGUAGUGAUCCGAUUUCGGUCUCUUGACGGUUUUGAGAUAUUUGUGGGAAGCUCAGAGUACAAAGAAAUAUGGAAGUCUAAGUUUGAUCAAAUCACUCGGAAAACACUUUCGCUUCAUUUUUCAGUUGAUCCAGUCGGAAGUGAGAUUAUGUAGUGAAAAUUCUUUGAGGUUUGUUUCCCCUAUUUGUCCAAACCAUGGAAUCUAUGAAGAGUACUACAUCUUAUAAUGUAUGAAUAGAGAAAUAUAUUUGGUUGAAAGCUGUGUCUAUCUUGUCUGAACGGGCACUCAAUCCAUCUUGAAAAAUCCUCUGUUCAAAAUUCAAGCAAUCUAAUCAGUCCAAUCCUUAGAGAUCAUAAGAGGAAAAAAUGUUUACCAGACAGUAGGAUCUGUAUAUUUUAUUUAUAAUAUUUCUGGUAUGAUUUCAAAUCAUCACCUGCAUUUAGAGGAAAAUUCUUU